CUUUGUGGGGCUCUCUGAGGAUCUGUGGUUCUCCUGUGGGUCACUGGCUCUCUAUUUGUGUGUCUGUCUCUCCCAGUCUACGUCAGUCUCCGUCACCCGUGGGUCUGUAUUUCUCCGUUGACUUCCCUUUGUGAGUUUUUGUUUCUCUCUUUGCAAGUCGUUUUCUCUUGAGGGUUUUUCUGUGUUUUUCCACCGGCCUCUAUCUUCGUGCUGAUCUCUCAGUAGAUCUCUUUCUGUCUGUGGAGUCAGCCCUGGGCAGGAAUUCUCUUUUAAUAGCCAUGUGACCAGAAACAGAUCACUUAAUCUUUCUGACCUCAGCUUUUCCAUCCUCGAAAUCGGGAUCACAAUAAAUACUUUGCAGGGCUGUAUGAGGGUUAAAGGAGACAAACAUGUAAAAUCCAUGACACUGUGCCUGGCACAGAGGAGGUAUCUUCCAGUUACCUUUGUCGUUUGGAGGUGCUAUAAUCAGAGCAUUUUAGUAUUCAAACCUUGUAUCACUAAAAUUUGUAAGAGAAGAAAGGAAAGGUAAUGGAGGAAAUUUUCCAUUUCCUGAUCCCAUCCCGUAAACCUUUGGAAAACAACUGUGUUCCCAGAAACAGUUACUGAUACCUAUUUUUGCUUUUGACACAGGGGUACAAAAAUCCAUGCAACAGAUGCAGGCUAAUGUAGCAAUUAAGAAUGCUGGCUGUGGAGCCAGCUCACUUGGGUUUGAAUCUUCUCUUUUCUAGCCUUGGUCACAGAUUGAGGGAGACAACACCCUCCUAGUCUGCCCCUCAGAGCAGGGUGGCUUGGGCAUGGGAGCAGAUGGGACUGCAGAUCUGGAAUUUGCCACCAGGUGGCAUCAACAGCAACUGUUCUCAGUAUCGUCCACCAGCCUGAUGAAAAGGGAUUCUGCCCUGAAUUAAGUUCAGUGGUUUGGACCUUUAACAGCCCUGGAUGAGAGUACCCAUGGGGAUGUGAUCCUGAUGAGAAGGGAAAGUUAGACAGAAGAAACAGCAUGUGAGAGUGCAUGGAAUGCCCAAUUCAUGCCAUACCCCUGGGUAAUGAUCACUGCUUCUUCCUCCAAAGGUGGGUUAGUUCCCCAUGUCCGUCUUCCUGGUCUCAACCCUACCCCCAGAAAGAACUCAGAGGGAGAUUCUGUAGAGGCUCCAGCCUUCCCAGGCCACUGGCAGGAUUGGGUUCUGCUCCUCCCCAUCGGAAACCCCCAGCACAGGACAGUGGCGGGGGGUGGUCCAGGCUGCUCCCCAGCAGCCUCCCCCGGAAAUGCUCCGUCUUCCACCUCUUCGUUGCCUGUCUCUUACUGGGCUUCCUCUCCCUGCUCUGGCUGCAGCUCAGCUGCUCUGGUGACGUGGCCUGGGAAACCAGGGGACAAGGGCAGGAGACCCCAGGUCCACCCCGGGCCUGCCCCCCAGAGCCUCCCCCUGAGCACUGGGAAGAAGAUCCAUCGUGGGGCCCACACCGCCUGGCAGUGCUGGUGCCCUUCCGCGAACGCUUUGAGGAGCUCCUGGUCUUUGUGCCUCAUAUGCAUCGCUUCCUGAUCAGGAAGAAGAUCCUACACCACAUCUACGUUCUCAACCAGGUGGAUCAUUUCAGGUUCAACCGGGCAGCACUCAUCAAUGUGGGCUUCCUGGAGAGCAACAACAGCACAGACUAUAUCGCCAUGCAUGAUGUGGACCUGCUCCCUCUCAACGAGGAGCUGGACUACAGCUUCCCUGAGGCAGGGCCCUUCCAUGUGGCCUCCCCAGAGCUCCACCCGCUCUACCACUACAAGACCUAUGUCGGCGGCAUCCUCCUGCUCUCCAAGCAGCACUACCAGCUGUGCAACGGGAUGUCCAACCGCUUCUGGGGCUGGGGCCGUGAGGACGAUGAGUUCUACCGGCGCAUCAAAGGAGCUGGGCUCCAGCUAUUUCGCCCCUUGGGAAUCACAACUGGAUACAAGACAUUUCGCCAUCUGCAUGACCCAGCCUGGCGGAAAAGGGACCAGAAGCGCAUUGCAGCUCAAAAACAGGAGCAAUUCAAGGUGGACCGGGAGGGAGGCCUGAACACUGUGAAGUACCGUGUGGAUACUCGUACAGCCCUGUCUGUGGGUGGGGCCCCGUGCACUGUUCUUAACAUCAUGUUGGACUGUGACAAGGCUGCUACCCCCUGGUGCACAUUUGGCUGAGUUGACUGGACAGUAAAAAGACCUGUACCUGCAGGCCUCACUGCUACUCAGAUCCUGGAAAAAACCUCAGGCCCUGGGUCCAGCUCCAAUAGGAUGUGGAGUAGCCUGAAGCAGCUGACAGCAGGCCUGAGCCAGGACAGGACACUCAGGGUGCCUGGGUUGCUGCUGGCAAUAAACAGUGAUGGAGAAAGGCUGAGAUGUGGCUCCCAGCUGGGACUCUCCGCCCUGCCUCUGCUUGCCCUGCCCUCCUUUGCAUGCUGAGACCUGCGGGUUUUGGUUUCAGGACUGCCUCAUGCAGAGAUAUGGUUUAGAGGCCAGGCCGGUGACAUGAGUGGCUGGGGCUGUUGGGAGGGUUAAAGUGCAGAAAUGAGUGUGAGCCCCACAGAAAGGGAACAGCUGAGAGCAGCUCUAGCUGGUUGUCACCAUUUAGGAAUGUGGGCCUGUGUUACUGGAUAUUCUGAUUUUUCAAAAGAAACUACAAUUUUGGAUUCUUAAAUGAAAUCGGUUAAUUAUUAAAUGAUAGCAACUAAUUGAAACUUUUAAAAAGUAUGGCAUUCUGGCUGGGUUGGCUUAGUGGUUCGAGUGUCGGCCUGUGGACUGAAGGGUCUCAGUUCAGUUCCCAGUGAAGGGCACAUAAUCUGGAUUGCAGCUUUGAUUCCUGACCCAGUCAGGGUGCACGUGGGAGGCAACCAAUUGAUUUGGCUCUCUCACAUCAAUG